CCCGGCCACUCCUUUAGACUCUGGCCGCGCGAGGACGGGGCGCUCUGCCUCCGCCUUAUAAAGAGCCCAGCGCAGGGCGGCGGGGCGGCCGGGAGGCGGGUACCGGGCUCCGCGGAGCCGGGGGUGGGGGCGCCACCUGUCGCAGCGGCGCGGGGGAAACAUGGGCCGCUACUCGGGCAAGACGUGCCGCCUGCUCUUCAUGCUCGUGCUCACGGUGGUCUUCUUCGUGGCCGAGCUGGUGUCGGGCUACCUGGGCAACUCGAUCGCGCUGCUGUCCGACUCGUUCAACAUGCUGUCGGACCUGAUCUCGCUGUGCGUGGGGCUGGGCGCCGGCUACGUCGCUCGCCGCGCCCCCGGCGGCUCCCGGGCCACCUACGGCUACGCGCGCGCCGAGGUGGUGGGCGCGCUGAGCAACGCCGUCUUCCUCACCGCGCUCUGCUUCACCAUCUUCGUGGAGGCCGUGCUGCGCCUGGCGCGGCCCGAGCGCAUAGACGACCCCGAGCUGGUGCUCAUCGUCGGCGCCCUGGGGCUGGCUGUCAACGUGGUGGGGCUGCUCGUCUUCCAGGACUGCGCCUCCUGGUUCGCCUGCUGUGGCCGCCGCCGCCGCCGCCGCCGCCUCCACGAGCAGCAGCAGCAGCAGCAGCAGGUGGCGCAGGGCGGCCCGGGCGGCGCUUUCGGGGGACCGCGGGGCGCCGCCCGCGUAGCCCCCGGCCCGGACUCGGCCGCGACCCUGCGCGUGGCCUCACAGGGAAGCAGCGCGGAGAAGGGGGCGACCGUGUUGUCAGACGUAGCAGGUGAUUCCCUGAACACCCGGAACGAGCCAGAAGAGACCAUGAAAAAGGAGAAAAAGUCGGAAGCCCUGAAUAUCAGAGGUGUGCUUUUGCAUGUGAUGGGAGAUGCGCUGGGGUCGGUGGUAGUCGUGAUCACGGCCAUCAUAUUCUAUGUGCUUCCCCUGCAACCAGAGGACCCGUGUAACUGGCAGUGCUACAUCGACCCCAGCCUGACUGUCAUCAUGGUCAUCAUCAUUCUGUCCUCUGCCUUCCCACUCAUCAAGGAGACCGCUGUCAUCCUGCUGCAGAUGGUCCCCAAAGGGGUGAAUAUGGAAGAGCUGAUGAGUAAACUCUCUGCCGUGCCCGGGAUUAGCAGUGUUCAUGAAAUGCACGUCUGGGAACUUAUAAGUGGAAAGAUCAUCGCCACCCUGCACAUCAAGACUCAGAAGGACAAGGGAUAUGAGGACGUCAGUCUGAAAAUUCGGGAAAUCUUCCACAACGCAGGCAUCCACAACGUGACCAUCCAGUUCGAGGGCGCGGACUCACGGGAGGUCCUGGAGCAGAAGGAGUCCCCCUCUCUCUGCAACUCGCCCUGCGUGUCCAAGGGCUGCGCCAAGCAGCUGUGCUGUCCCCCCAAGGCACUGCCUGUGGCCCACGUCAACGGCUGUGCCGAGCACAAUGGCUGUCCCUCUCUGGACAUGUACCAGAGCGAAGGCCUCGGUAGACAAGAACUAACACACGUGGCUGUUGAAGUAUCAUUGGAUGGCCGUGUGAGUGACCAUGGACAAGCUUUUCCCAAAACUCAGGGGGACCAGUGUUAUGUCAACAGCACACAUUUUUAACCCAGUACCACAGAAACAGACUGUAUAGACGAAGCACUUCGGAGCCACCAGCUUGGCCUGUGGAAAGAGCUUUGUGGGUGGUCUGCACUGACCAAACUCGCAAUGUGCGCUCUCUGUGUCCAGUGAGGGGUUGGCUCUGUGGGAUGUUAAUUGAUGGUGUCUGUUGAUUUUUAUGUGACUGAUAAGAUAACCCCUUUCUAUUAUCCUGGAUGUCUCCUGCUGCUGUUCAACUGUUGUAGUUGGCACCUUUUAUUUCCCGAAGCCAACUGCACUGGUAUAUGUAUCAGGGUCGCUGAAGGUUGGGACUCUGACUGUGGACAUGGGAUUCCAAGUAGUUUCUGUUUUAAACUGAUUAGAACUUCUAGCUGACUCUCAGGUGAGCUCAUAGCCAAGGACAUCGCAGAAACUUAACCAUGAUGGCAUUGUUUUUCCCCGUCGACUGGAAGACCGUAACAGAAGGAAGACAGGUAGUCCUGUCACUGCAGACGUUUUUGUCUUUGACUCAUUGUUGAAUAAAUGUAAAAUAGAUACUUAUUAAGGUAGAAAAUACACUCAGAACAUUAGAGGAAGUAGAGCUUGGGGGGUGGGACGGGGGAUUUUUGACCACCUCAUUUUGUGAGGUGGAGAAAAAAUGAAUGUUUACUUCCUGCUGUGAACUGAACUAUAGCUAUAGGCGGUUUCAAAUGUUUAAAUACAUAAAAUACUUUUCCUUUUC